GUGGUAUCAAUUACUAAAGAUUUGUUAAAGAUUUCAUAAAUUUUGCUAUCGUUUUUAGAGUCCAAAUGCAAAACUUUAUUUGACACUUGUUGCACACAUGUCUCAUGGUUGACAUUGGAAUCUAUCAAUAAAUAUUUAUUAAAUAAUGUGAUGUAAAUACUCUGUGUAUUUUUGUAAACAUAAUUCUUUUACCAAGUGCUUUAUUUCUUUCCACCAUGAUGUUAAAUCACAAUCGAGCUCUAUCAAUUGGACCAGCAAAUGAAAACAUUGAUGUAUCUGAUACCUCAAAUUUUCCAAUAAGAAUAUUAGGAACCAGGACUAUUAAUACAAUAUCACAUUUACUAAAUCCAAGAAAAAUAUUUACAACUGAUGAAGGUAUUCCCAGGGACUGGAGAGGCUUGGCCCAUUGUCUGGACGUACCAGGAGAAUUUCUUUCGUCUUAUUCUAGUAGGCCUGACCCUACAGCCACGAUAUUAGCAAAUCAAGGAAGAAAUAUUACUAUAAAACGAUUGCAUGAUGUUUUAGCGAGGCUGGAUCGGUGGGACAUUAUUGAUGAUAUUAAGGAGUUUGUCGAAGGAGAUGUUAGACGGCAUUUAUUGCAAAUUGAUUCAAAUCCAUGUGAGAUUGAGGAAAAUGUCUUUGAACCUCACAAUAUACAAAAUGAUCAAUUAUGCAUUGAAAUGAACUCCUAUGAUGCUUUUGUUCUGCAUGCUGAAGACGAUGAACAUUUUGCCAGAGAAGUUGUUUCCCAAAUGAGUGCCAGGGGUUUAACAUUAUGUACAAAAGAUGAUUUGGUUGGCGGUCAGUUUGAACAUGAAGCUGUGAUGAAUCUUAUUGCAGAACGAUGUAAUAGAUUAGUGGUGAUUGUAUCACCAGCAUUUUUUGAAAGUGCUGCAAAUACAUUUUUUACAAAUUUUGCUCAAGCUAUAGCUAUUGAACAAAGAAAGAGAAAGAUAAUACCUUGCGUAUUUAAACAAUGUCCAAAACUUCCAUAUAAUUUGAGUAUUUACUACAGGCUAGAUUUUGAAAGAUUUAAUAGAUUGGGUAACUUCUGGGAUAAACUAACUGAAUCUAUACAAGGCAGACAGUGCGCUAGAAACAGGACACAAUCCAAUGUUGUGAUAAGAGAAAUUGAACAAACACCAAAUAAAGGUAUGACUAUAGCACACUCCCUACCAAAUAAUUUAUCAGCAUACCCUCAGCUAUGUGGAGCUACUUCCACUGACUCAAAUCAAAAACAAGAAAAACAUCUGGUCGAAGAUUCAUUACCUAAUCUUCCUUCUUUAGAUAAUUUAAGUGAUUUGAAUUCGACAAGUUCACAGGAUUUACUGACAAAACCCUCUGAAAAAUCUAAAAAACAGAAAUGGUUGAAAAAAAUGGUAAAUAAUAUUAGUAUCUCAAAGAAGGAUAAAAAGAAAAUUGCUGUUGUACUUUAA